AUGCUCUAUGCCGAAGACGAUAAGCUCAUCUUUCGCUUCGAUGACCAUCUCCUCUGGAUUCAGUCAUGGGGCGAGAACGCAUUCAGAGUGAGGGCUACGAAGCUCUCAUCAAUACCCACCGAAGACUGGGCGCUAUCCACAAAGCCCAGCGCAAGUGAGCCCGUCAUCGAGACACCAGAAGGCAAAGAAGCGAGCAUCUACAACGGCAAAAUCAAAGCCGUCGUCUCCCAGCGCGGCAAGAUCAUCAUCUACGAUUCCAAGGGAAACAAGCUCCUGGAGGAAUACGCUCGCCAUCGCCGUGAUCCCAAAGACCCGAAAUGCAGCGCCUUAGAGGUCGAAGCUCGCGAACUGCGAGGAAUCCUAGGGGGCGAUUUCCACCUCACCAUGCGAUUCGAGUCCCUUGACCCGAAGGAAAAGAUCUUCGGAAUGGGUCAAUACCAACAGCCAUCCUUGAAUCUUAAGGGUGCUGAUGUCGAACUGGCUCAUCGAAACUCUCAGGCCAGUGUUCCCUUUGCGGUCUCCUCCCUCGGAUACGGCUUCUUGUGGAAUAACCCUGGUAUUGGACGGGCGGUUUUUGGGACGAAUACGAUGAGUUUCGAGGCAUAUUCUACCAAGGCGCUGGACUACUGGGUCGUCGCAGGUGACACGCCGGCGGAGAUUGAGGAGGCGUAUGCGAAGGUGACUGGCUACGUUCCGAUGAUGCCGGAGUACGGCUUAGGGUUCUGGCAAUGCAAGCUCCGGUACUGGAAUCAGGAGCAGCUGCUUAAUGUGGCGAGGGAAUAUAAACGACGACAGGUCCCACUGGACCUGAUUGUCAUUGACUUUUUCCACUGGAAACAUCAAGGCGACUGGAGCUUUGAUCCUGAAUUCUGGCCCGAUCCUGGUAAGUUGUCCUUCCCAUCACCGCAGAUAUAUAAACACUAA